AUGUCUGACGCCACUGUGAACCCCAAGGCCUAUCCACUGGCGGACGCUAAGCUUACUGUGUCCAUCCUAGAUCUGGUCCAGCAAGCUACCAACUACAAGCAGAUUAAGAAGGGUGCUAAUGAAGCCACCAAGACACUAAAUCGCGGUAUUUCCGAAUUUAUUGUCAUGGCUGCUGACACGGAGCCCCUGGAAAUUCUGCUACACCUUCCGCUGCUAUGUGAAGACAAGAAUGUACCAUACGUGUUUGUGCCUUCCAAGGUCGCCCUGGGCCGUGCUUGCGGAGUGUCGCGCCCCGUGAUCGCGGCUUCAAUUACGUCCAACGAUGCCUCGCAGCUAGGACCGCAGAUUCAGAGCAUGCGCGAGCAGAUCGAGCAACUCCUAAUUUAA